AUGUCACAAUUGCAUUGUACCGUGCAUCCCUACCUGGACAGCUUUUUUAACCGAGCUCGUGCUGACAUCGAUCCAUUCGAACAGUCACGAAAAGAGCUGUGUCACUACAGCUAUGCCAAGCCGCCCCGAAAGCGCAAGCAACCGUCUGACGAGGCUGACGAGAAUGAAGGGUCACAUGGACUGAGUUCUGAGACUGUUGCCAAAUGGCAGGCAACUCCAUCGACACGAGAUGGAGAUAGGACCCCGUGCUCAACGACGGUAGUGAUCGGUCAGGAGUUGAGUUCCUCAAAUGGACAUCUUGGCUCCGUCAGCCAUGGAGAAGCUGAAUGCCGCAUGUCUUUUUCCGGCGGCAAUGGCAACAGGUGUGUUGGCGAGAAAACAGCGUCGUCAGAACAGUCUCUAUCUCCUAAGCUCUACGUCGACCUUCUCCUCGCAGACCGUCAGACACCUGCCAAGCGCAGAGACGAGAAUGCCCCCAGCAAGUUGACCGAGUUCUUUGGUAUGGAUAAGACACUGUUUACACAACAGCAAAGGCACCUAUCGAUUCUGAUUUCUUUUAGGACCAAGUUCGAACAUUUCAUUCUUUUCUGCCAGCAGGGUGCAUUCCCUCAGCAACAGGCUUGGGCACACAAAGCUGAACCGGCUUAUGGAGACGAUUGGCUCAGUAGCGAAUUCAAGGCUUACUUCGAACAGGUCCAUCCAGUUUAUCCGUUUCUUGACCGGGCGUCCUUUGAGCAGAAAGUCUUUGGACAGGCCUUCUCCCCAUCGUCCGUAACCGAUCCAGCUUGGUCCGCUCUGUAUCAUGCUGUCCUUGCCAUUGGCUGUCAGUAUAACGACGGUGGAAGUUUUGACCCGGGCAAUGGACAAGCUUGGAGUCUUUUUGAAAUAGCGCUUUCCCACUUUCAGGACAUUCUGAUGACCAAAGGUUCUUUGACCGCCGUCCAAGUAUGUCCUCCUUUCCCGAACAUCCAUCUUAGACAAAAGACCCUAACCGACGCUUCCUGGCAGGCUCUGACUGCCAUGGUGGGAUCCCCUGACUGUAGGCUCUGGAAGACGCAGGCUGAAACCGAUUCGCAGGCUAUCUUCUCGACCACGGUGUCUGCCUGGCAAUUCGAAUCGCUGAUGAUCUCCGAAGCGGCCAAAAUGGCCCAGAACAAUGGUUAUAACAAGGCAACCGGUCCGAACGACAGUAUAUGCCAUCGCACCUUUUGGGUUCUGUACACUCUCGAGAAGAUAUCCUGUUUUACCACAGGGCGAACUUCGGUUCUCAUGGACUCUGACAUCGGAUGCCCGAUUCCCUACGUUCCCGAGUCCGUCUUCGGGGAUUAUGACUGGUUCCUCGCCUCUGCCAGAUAUGCCAGGCUCGUCUCGAAGAUCUACAGUAGCUUGUUUUCUGUCAGUUCGGCAGGGAAAACAACAGGCUUUUAUCACACCUCGAUUUGCCAGCUACGUGACGAACUCGAAGAGUGGAGGAUGUCGAUCCCAGAGCGAUACCGGCCUGGCGAACCACUCCGAGCACGGUCGUUGCCUGGCAUGUUGGCAGUCUCAAUCGCACUGACCACACAAUACCUCUACUUUAACGCCCUCCUCACCUUGCUGCGGACUUCCCUCCAGGUCGGAGCCGACGAGCUGGGCACCGCUCACCAGCUAGCAACGAAGAAGUUCCUGAUGAAGACUGCCUGCUCCAUCUUGGAGUUGACGACCUACAUCGAAGUGGCCACCUAUACCUCCUUAUGGGUCCUGGCACUCAUGCCGCUGUCCGCACUCUUCAUCAUUUUUGACCUUGUCGUCCACAACCCCACCCAUCCAGAGACGAAUAACAACCUGGCGCUCCUGGACGUCGCCAGUGGCCACUUCAGUCGGGUCGAGUACGAAAGCCGGGGAACCCUGCCAGGCUCCCUGGUGGCCGAGUUUGCGCACAUUGCACGGGAGUACGUGCGUGACGUGCAACUGGGCGAGCGGGGCCGGAAUAAUGAUAGCAAUCAUCAACCUGGCAAUGGGACUACAAGUAGCAAAAGUAAUACCGGGGUGAACGAUGCUCCGAAUCAGGCACAAUUUCCGAGCCCUGUCCUAUCUCAGACUCAGUCACAGAGUCAGGGUCAACUUCCAAACAACGUGUCGUCCGCAGCAGUCGCCUCUCAGACCGCAACGACACGACAAGCUCCAGUGUCCCUAAUGACGUCUCUGCAACAAUGCGCCUAUCACCAAACGUUCGGCGGAUCGCAGCCGCAACAAGCACAGCAAUACAGCAGCAGCGGUACUCUUAUGAACGCGAACGAUGGCACCGGGACCGAAUCGCUGUUCUUCCCGCUGGUGGACGAUCCGAGCUACAUGCCGGAGGAAGAGCUGCAGCUGCUGGGGAUAGACGUGAUGGAUCUGUUUGACGCGGUGAAUCCGGCCGUUGUUGGGGGUAGCUGA